CUUUCUUUUUCUCAAUUUUCUUUGUUCUUAUGUUUAUAAAAUGCGUUCACCAAGAAUGAUAUCUGAUUUACCAAUGCAACAAGUUCUCAUAAAUCCUAUGAAAACAAAGAACCUAUCUACCAUCGGUGUCCUUUCUAUUGUCGCACUACUUCAUUCUCAUAUUUAUUGGUUCUACUCCAUCAUUUAUAUCGUCUACAGCAAAAUGUCUGUGCAGGAUCAUGAAAGGCCAAGACGAUUACGACUUAAAAGACAAAAGAAAAGCAUACAUUCGACAAAGCCACAGGACACUUCAUCAUCCACCAUUAAAACAACAAAUCAUAUAGACAACACUAGCAUAGACAUCAAAUCAUCGUCAAUAGAUAACAACGCGACAACUCAUCUUAACGACAAUAACAUCAUGACAAAACAAUCUCGUCGUCAAAAUAUACCCCUUUUGCAUGCCGUUCGAUCAUUUCCUACUCGAUUUCAACAAAAGAUUCAGUUAAAAAAGAGGAAACGCGCUCAUAGUAGUCCAUGUAGUACAAGUAUCGAGGCUGAUCAGGCUGGUUCCGAUACAGCUAAACCUUUGACUAGAACUAACAGUGAAAGAAAAAGAGGUCGUGCGAUGACUUUACUUCGAGCGACAUUCAGAAGUAGUAGUUUUCAUAAAUAAACACAUGCUUUGUUUACGCAUAUAUUCUGUUGACAUACGAUGAAAGCAUG